UCGCCCUCAGCCUGCCCACCCCCCGCCCUUCCACCAUGGCCGCCUCUGUGUGGUGUAGGGAGAAGCUGGUCCUCGGUGCCCUCCUAUAGCGCUUACUGCCUCACCCUCACCCCCCGGGGCCGGACCCAAAGGAACCUCGCACCCCAACCCUUGAGGCACCAACCAGGAAGGGGUCCUAGCCCGUACUUCGGGGCAGGACGCCUCUUUCGCCCACCUCCUGAGCAGAAACUUAAGGUUUUCCCUGCUUCUCGGAGGGUCAGCAGCCAGCAGGGGCUCUCCUCCCCCCGCCCCUGCCCACGGGGGCGCAGACCCUCACCCGGCGUAUUCGGGAGCCGGCGGCGUUUCCUCAGCGCUGCCACUGAGAGGCAGGACCUGAGGCCGUCCGCCUUCGCCGCCUCCACGGCGCGGCCUCGCGGGGAGGAGGGAGGAGUGGAGCGGCCCGGGCCCCUUGCCCUCCCCUCCCCCACUAGCCUCUCCUGCCCCCCGUCCCUGGCACCCCCGAGUUCCCCACUUCUAGGCCUUCCCACCGGUCCACUCCCUGGCCUUUUCCCGUCUCCUGGCCGCAGCCAUGGAGUUACAGAAGGGAAAGGGGGCAGCAGCAGCAGCUGCUUCGGGAGCAGCGGGAGGUGGAGGAGGAGCGGGAGCAGGAGCCCCAGGAGGGGGGAGGCUGCUACUUUCAACCAGUUUGGAUGCCAAGGAUGAGUUAGAGGAGAGGUUGGAAAGAUGUAUGAGCAUUGUGACAUCGAUGACCACUGGGGUCUCAGAGAGAGAGGCCAAUGACGCCCUUAACGCCUAUGUGUGCAAAGGGCCCCCCCAGCACGAGGAAGUCUGCCUGGGUCUCUUCACCCUGGUCCUCACUGAACCUGCCCAAGCGCAGAAGUGUUACCGGGACUUGGCCCUGGUGAGUCGCGACGGCAUGAAUAUUGUCCUGAAUAAAAUCAACCAGGUCCUCAUGGAGAAGUACUUGAAGUUGCAGGACACCUGCCGUACCCAGUUGGUGUGGUUGGUACGGGAACUAGUGAAGAGUGGGGUUCUGGGAGCCGAUGGUGUUUGCAUGACAUUCAUGAAGCAGAUUGCUGGCGGGGAUGUUACAGCAAAGAAUAUUUGGUUGGCGGAGAGUGUUCUGGAUAUCCUGACGGAGCAGAGGGAGUGGGUGCUGAAGAGCAGUAUUCUCAUCGCAAUGGCCGUGUACACGUACCUCCGGCUGGUCGUGGACCACCACGGGACCGCCCAGCUGCAGGCCCUGCGGCAGAAGGAGGUGGACUUCUGCAUCUCGCUGCUGCGGGAACGGUUCAUGGAAUGUUUGAUGAUUGGCCGGGACCUCGUAAGGCUACUUCAGAAUGUUGCCAGGAUACCAGAAUUUGAACUGCUUUGGAAAGAUAUCAUCCAUAACCCUCAGGCCUUGAGUCCUCAGUUCACAGGUAUCCUACAGCUUCUUCAGUCAAGAACAUCCCGAAAAUUCCUAGCGUGUCGUCUGACCCCAGACAUGGAGACGAAGCUCCUCUUCAUGACCUCCAGGGUGCGGUUUGGUCAACAGAAGCGGUACCAGGAUUGGUUCCAGCGCCAGUACCUGUCAACCCCAGACAGCCAGUCUCUGCGCUGUGACCUCAUCCGCUACAUCUGUGGGGUGGUCCACCCUUCAAAUGAAGUGCUGAGUUCAGACAUCUUGCCCCGCUGGGCCAUCAUUGGUUGGCUGCUGACGACCUGCACGUCGAAUGUCGCCGCCUCGAACGCCAAGCUGGCUUUGUUUUACGACUGGCUGUUCUUUAGCCCGGAGAAGGACAGUAUUAUGAACAUAGAGCCCGCCAUCCUGGUGAUGCAUCACUCCAUGAAGCCCCACCCAGCCAUCACCGCCACACUCCUGGACUUCAUGUGCCGCAUCAUCCCCAACUUUUCCCCGCCUCUGGAGGCCCACGUGCGGCACGGCGUCUUUUCCUCCCUCAAUCACAUCGUGGAGAAACGCGUGUUGGCGCAUUUGGCUCCCCUGUUUGACAACCCUAAAUUGGAUAAGGAGCUGCGGGCAAUGCUGAGGGAGAAGUUCCCUGAGUUCUGCAGUUCGCCUAGCCCCCCUGUGGAAGUCAAAAUUGAGGAGCCAGUUUCCAUGGAGAUGGACAACCACAUAUCAGACAAGGAUGAGAGUUGCUAUGACAACGCAGAGGCAGCCUUCAGUGAUGACGAGGAGGAUCUCAACAGCAAAGGAAAGAAGAGAGAGUUUCGCUUCCACCCUAUCAAGGAGACGGUGGUGGAGGAGCCGGUCGAUAUCACCCCUUUCCUUGACCAGCUGGACGAGUCCCUGAGGGACAAGGUGCUCCAGCUACAGAAGGGCAGCGAUACGGAGGCACAGUGUGAGGUCAUGCAGGAAAUCGUGGACCAGGUCCUGGAGGAAGACUUCGACUCGGAGCAGCUAUCUGUCCUUGCGUCCUGCCUGCAGGAGCUCUUCAAGGCCCACUUCCGGGGGGAGGUGCUGCCCGAGGAGGUCACGGAGGAGUCUCUGGAGGAGUCUGUGGGGAAGCCUCUCUACCUGAUAUUUAGGAACCUGUGCCAGAUGCAGGAGGACAACAGCAGCUUUUCUCUGCUCCUGGACCUUCUCUCCGAGCUGUAUCAGAAGCAGCCCAAGAUUGGCUACCACCUGCUGUACUACCUGAGAGCCAGCAAAGCCGCCGCAGGGAAGAUGAACCUGUACGAGUCGUUCGCCCAGGCCACCCAGCUGGGCGAUCUGCACACGUGCUUGAUGAUGGACAUGAAGGCUUGCCAGGAGGAUGACGUGCGGCUGCUGUGCCACCUCACUCCCUCCAUCUAUACCGAGUUUCCAGAUGAGACCUUGCGGAGUGGGGAGCUGCUGAAUAUGAUUGUGGCCGUCAUCGACUCUGCACAGCUCCAGGAGCUGGUCUGCCAUGUGAUGAUGGGGAACCUGGUCAUGUUCCGAAAAGACUCCGUGCUCAACAUCCUCAUCCAGAGCCUGGACUGGGAAACCUUUGAGCAGUACUGUGCCUGGCAGCUCUUCCUGGCGCACAACAUCCCCCUGGAGACCAUCAUCCCCAUCCUGCAGCACCUCAAGUACAAGGAGCACCCCGAGGCCCUGUCCUGCCUUCUGCUUCAGCUCCGGAGAGAGAAGCCCAGCGAGGAGAUGGUGAAGAUGGUGCUGAGCCGGCCCUGCCACCCCGACGACCAGUUCACCACCAGCAUCCUGCGGCACUGGUGCAUGAGGCACGACGAGCUGCUGGCCGAGCACAUCAAGUCCCUUCUCAUCAAGAACAACAGCCUCCCGCGCAAGAGGCAGAGCCUGCGGAGCUCCAGCAGCAAGCUGGCCCAGCUGACUCUGGAGCAAAUCCUGGAACACCUGGACAACCUGCGCCUCAACCUGACCAACACCAAGCAGAACUUUUUCAGCCAGACCCCAAUUCUCCAGGCUCUGCAGCACGUCCAGGCAAGCUGUGACGAAGCCCACAAGAUGAAGUUCAGCGACCUCUUCUCCCUGGCCGAGGAAUACGAGGACUCUUCCACCAAGCCACCCAAAAGCCGGCGAAAAGCAGCGCUGUCCAGCCCCCGAAGUCGAAAGAACGCCACACAGCCCCCGAACGCUGAGGAAGAGUCGGGUUCCAGCAGUGCCUCGGAGGAGGAGGACACAAAACCGAAGCCCGCCAAGCGGAAACGGAAGGGGUCCUCUGCAGUGGGCUCCGACAGUGACUGAGGCCCCUGCUUGGACCGCCCUCCCCUCCUCGGUGAAUCAGGUUCCCUAGGGGCUGGGGGGCCAAUAGGGAAACAGCCUCCCCCACCCCAAACGCACUGGGGGUAGCCUGAUAAGCUGCCGUGCAGCCCCAGCCCCUCCUCCCCCCCCCCCCCCCCCCCCCCCCCGGGGCCCCCAGCCCCAUCACACUGCUGCUUGGCUUCCACGGAAGCCAGAGGCUGUGCAAGGCCCCCCUUUCCCCGCCUCCCAAAGAUCUGUUUCAACCAAAAGGAGAAAUGGCAAAGGGGCAGCGAUCCUGGGAUGAGAGGAAAGACUCGAGUGUGUGGGUGUCCCUCGCGACUUCCCCUCCAGGUCUUGAUUUGCUCUGAACAGGCAUUUUAUGAAAUGGGCAUUGAGUGGCCGGGCGCCUGUUCCUCUCCCUGGGGCCAGUGCCACAGUGUUCAGGAAGGACCCUGAGAGAGAGGCCACGGCCCUACCUGCUGUGCCCUGGAGGCUUGUGUUGGCCUGAGGUUGGCACCUCAAGCUGGGCUGGAGUCCCAGACGUGUUCCUCAGAACUGUCAAAUGGUCCCACAUUUUGGGUUGUCUUUUUUUUUUUUUUGGGCAGAGAUAAUCGUGUUUUAAAAGUUGUUUUUAAAUGAUAAUAAAACAAGCCAGAAUCUCUUUUGU